AUGUCAAUAGCGUAGCAAGGGGCAUCUCGAACUCCAGAUAAUCUAUUCAAUUCCAUUACGAAUCCCUUCAGGAGCAUUAUCAACGGCUCCGCGUCUUCUGCGCUCAUUCUUCGACGCUUCUGCUGGCUUUCUUCUUCUUGGACUAAUUCACCAUGGAUAUUAACGAUUUGAAGAAUACGGUCUCCAACCUGACCUUGUAUGACCUCAAGGCAGGCUUUCGGAAGGCCCAGAAUGCUGUUAUGAACUUUACCGAGAUGGAGGCCAAGGUGCGAGAAGCAACGAAUAACGAGCCAUGGGGUGCUUCAUCGACCCUUAUGCAAGAGAUUGCAAAUGGAACAUUUAACUACCAAACCCUUAACGAGAUUAUGCCCAUGAUCUACCGUCGCUUCACCGAGAAGGCUGCCGAGGAGUGGCGUCAGAUCUACAAGGCCCUCCAAUUACUCGAGUUUCUUAUCAAGCACGGUUCCGAGCGCGUUAUCGACGAUGCUAGAGGACAUAUCUCGCUUCUUAAGAUGCUGCGCCAAUUUCACUUUAUUGAUCAGAACGGAAAGGACCAGGGCAUCAACGUGCGCAACCGAGCCAAGGAGUUGGCCGAUCUUCUUAGUGACGUGGAUCGUAUCCGGACCGAGCGCAAGAAGGCGCGUGCGACCAAGAACAAGUAUACUGGAGUCGAGGGUGGUGCGACCUUUGGAGGUGGUUUCUCAAGUGGUAGCUCUGGUCGUUAUGGUGGUUUUGGCAGUGAGAGCGCUGGCUACGGUGGUGGUGGUGGCAGCAGCGGCGGCCCUGGCAACUAUGGCGGAUACUCUGGUGGUGUUUAUGGCGAUGGUGGCGGUUUCGGCGGCCAGUCUGAUGACUGGCGAGGCGAUGGCGCUGCCAGCCGAUCCGAGCGAUUUGAGGAAUAUGAUGAGUUCGACGAGGGUGAGAGACCAGCUGCCAGCUCAUCAAGAGCUGCCGCCAAGCGACCCGAGCGCACUCCUGUUAAGAAGGCCGCUGAGCCCCUCAAGAAGAAGGAACCCGAGAUUGAUCUCUUCUCCUUCGAUGACCCUGCGCCAGCAUCUUCUGCAGCUCCAGCGUUGGCCCCAAGCAACACUGCCGCCGCUCCUGCGCAAGAAGACGACGACGAGUUCGACGACUUCCAGUCAGCUGCCCCUGCUCAGGCAGCACCAUCCAACAACUUUAUGCAAAGCCCUGCUGUGACAUCGACGGCCUCCUCAACCGCCCAGUUUGUUGCUCCCCAACCUCAAUCGGCUCCUCAGCAAGCUGACAUUAGCCAAAUGGUUAGCAUGGCGUCCAUCUCGCCUGCACCAAGUGCCUCAGGCACUCCUGGACCCAACUACUCUGCCUUUAGCAUCCCCGCUGCUCCUGCGGCACAGGCUCCUAAGCCUGCUGCCUUCCAACAGACUGGACCCAACUACUUCAGCUCUGUCCAAGCACAGACAGCAAAGACCCCAACAACAUCUGCCUUCUCAGGCAUGGGAAGCGCCUCCAACGCUGCGCCCAGCGGCCCUACUACUAUGGCUAACAUGAAGCCCGUUACUAGCCCAUCUGCCAAGCCAGCACCCGCUGCUGGUGGAGAUGCCUUUGGAGCUCUCUGGGGCAAGGCCAGUGGAGGUGUCAAGAAGCCAGAGACACCCAAGACUGGACCCGCAAUGGGCCAACUUGCCAAGGAGAAGAGCAGUGCUGGAAUCUGGGGAGCCCCAGCAGCUCCAUCCUCCAGCGGCAGUGCUCAUCCCAAGACCGGCGGAUCUGCCAUGGACGAUCUCCUUGGUUAAGCUUAUGUGCUAAAUCUGUCUUAAGAAUGGUGGAUCAUAACCUGGAACUGAGACGACGGCUGGGGCACUAAUGCCUCUGUUUGUUGAGUGGGCUUGAGAGUGUACAGAAUAAUAAGCAGUGGGACAGCAUGUUUGUAUUCAUGAUAGGAUCCUAGAUAGGCGUCUGGCGCAACAAAAUGAACUGACAUGUC